CGUCGUAAUGUUUUAUUUGCUCUAAAAUGUGUCCAACUCUAACGAAACAUAUUCGCAUAUAUUAAUACGCUUGUGAAAUCUAAAGAGUAUCAGUGAUGCGGGUUUUGCUAAUUGCUUUGUUCUUCGGAAUAACCAGAGCGUUGAGGAAUACUCCUUGGGGUGUUGAUAGUUGUCAUAAAAGUGGGGUUUGUAGAGAAGGGCCGAAUCCUAGAUCUUGUGAAACUGUGUGCUUUGCCAAUGGAACUUGUCGCCUUAAUAUUGCUUUGAUUUUACCCCAAAGUUCUUACUAUAUUAUCAACAUGGAGAAGACGGUUUCUGUUAUCAGAGAGGCCGAACAGGCUGCAAAGAACCAAGGAAUCAUAUACAAUGAUACAGUUAUUAAUUUGUACCAUUUUGAUGAUCAAUGUAGCCAGGCAAAUGCGACAAUACACGGUAUAAAUGCCAGUAGCGAUUUUUGCACGCAUUUUGUUAUUGGAUCAACAUGUGACUAUUGCACAGCGGCCCUGGGCAGAGUAGCAAAGGUUCUGGGAACAUACGGAAUGCCCGUAAUAACGCCUGGAGGUUUUGUGUUUGACUUCACAGCCAGGAAAAAUGAAUGCACGGAUGAAUUCUACAUGUUAAUCAAUUCUGGCCCCGUUGAUUAUCGAUCGUUUGCCGAAUUUUUUAUCAAGCUUUUUGAACGGUAUAAUUGGCAAAAAAUUUCUUUGGUGUAUGAAAAACUCGAUCAAAAUGAUGUUGGUGGCCUUAGAGCGUGUCAGCUGCUCAUGACGAGCGUGAUAGAAGUCGGUAUUGAAAUACACAAAUUUUUGUAUGCCGAUGGAGACUUAAUGUUGUAUGGUUUGACGUACAGAGAAUAUUUAGAAAAAGAGAUCGGUACCAAGUAUGGAAUUGUAUUGCUGUGCACCAGUCACGAAAACACGAGACGAAUUAUGUUGGAAGCGGAGAGUUUAAAAAUGAUGGAGAAGGGAGAGUAUGCAUUCUUCAACUUUGAAUUGUAUAAUAGUGCUCCCGACCCUUUACGACCGUGGUAUAAUUCAAGCGACAGCGAGGAAGAAAACGAGAGAGCUAAAAAUGCGUAUCGAGCACUGUAUACGUUCACUCCAUUAGUAGAAGCGAAAAACGCGCAAAAUGGCCAAAUUUCUACAUUACCAAAAGGAGACUUCUAUUUAGAUGGCGUGUACGAUGGAUUUCUGCUAUACGCGCAUAUUCUCAAUGACACUAUAGCGUCUGGAGGCCGAAACAGAGACUUCGUAAUAAAAGGCGACGACGUCAUGAGUAAAACGUUUGGAAAACGUUUUCCAGGGAGGAGUGAGGAAGUUGUUAUGAACUGCAACGCCCAACGUGUGUCAGCGUAUGCGCUCACCCAAAUCAAUUCUUCAGGAUUGUCCCAUAUUGUAGCAGAAUACUAUACCAUAAAUAAAUCGAUCGUGGAUGUAAGAGAAAUUCAAUGGAUCUCUGGGAAACCGCCUCUGGAUUCCCCUGUUUGCGGUUUUGACGACUCGUUGUGUCCAUCGGAAAUCAACAUCACAUUAAUAGUUGUUAGUGUAAGUGUAACGAUAGGAUUAAUAAUACUUUCUGUAUUUUUAUACAGGCACUAUAAGCUAGAAUAUGAAUUAGCUUCAAUGACCUGGAAGGUGAAUUGGGAAGAUAUUGUGUGGAUACCACAUGUGAAGCGUCGGAACAGUACCUACUCCACCGAAUCUCUUAAUUGGAGCAAAAGAGGCAGCCAAACGACAAUAAUUCUAUCGGAAUACGAAGCAUUCAGUUUAGCUGGAGAUCGCCACCUUUACACAACUGUGGGGUACUACAAAAAUCUUAUCACGGCCGUGAAACGCCUAAAGGACACCAAGAUUGUUCUAAACCGCGAUCAAUUGCUCGAACUGAAAAUAAUGAAAGAUUUCUCGAAUGACCAUUUAGUGAAAUUUUACGGAGCGUGCGUCGAUCCUCCACACUGCUGUAUAUUAACCGAAUACUGUCCCAGGGGAAGUCUCCAGGAUAUACUAGAAAACGAGGAAGUGCAAUUAGAUGGGCUCUUUAAGCUAUCUUUAAUUCAAGACAUAACGAAAGGGAUGCUGUACAUACACGACAGUGAAAUUAAAUAUCACGGUUCGUUAAAAUCAUCAAACUGCGUUGUAGAUAGUAGAUUUGUAUUGAAAAUAAGCGAUUUUGGUUUGCAUUUUUUACGAGUUCACAUGAGGGAUGAAUCUAUCGAUGAAAAUUCUCAUUCAUUUUGGCAACGUCAACUGUGGACCAGCCCUGAACUGUUGCGGAACGAGAGUUCUACUCCCGUCGGAUCUCAGAAAGGAGACGUGUAUUCGUUCGCGAUUAUCGUUCAUGAAAUAGUUACACGACAAGGAGUGUUUUAUUUAGGGGAAAAUAGCAAAACGUCUCCAAAACAAAUUGUAGAUUCUGUACGAAAUGGACCGGAAAGCUCCCACGUUCCGCCUCUUCGACCCCUAAUAGAUGAUAGUACAUGUGAUGAAGACGUCGCUCAGUUAAUGAAACGAUGCUGGGCAGAGGAUGCCGCAGAUAGGCCCGAUUUUUCAGUAGUUAAGAACACCAUUCGUAAACUGAACAAGGAGUAUGACAGCAGUAACAUACUGGAUAAUUUACUAUCGCGUAUGGAGCAGUACGCCAAUAACUUAGAAACGCUUGUGGAGGAGAGAACUGCUGAUUAUUUAGAAGAGAAACGCAAGUGCGAAGAACUUUUGUACCAACUUUUACCGAAAACUGUAGCGACUCAAUUAAUUGGUGGCGAAGCGGUGAUCGCUGAAACAUUCGACCAAGUGACGAUCUAUUUCAGCGAUAUUGUAGGAUUUACUUCACUAUCCGCCGAAAGUACUCCUCUUGAAGUAGUCGAUUUGCUCAAUGACCUGUACACAUGCUUUGAUUCAAUUAUAGAAAACUUCGAUGUAUACAAGGUAGAAACAAUAGGAGAUGCGUACAUGGUAGUUUCAGGUUUACCUGAACGAAAUGGAAACAAACACGCAAGAGAAAUAGCACGAAUGUCUUUGGCGUUACUUGACGAAGUAAAACACUUCAAAAUUCGCCAUAGGCCCGCCGACCCAUUAAAACUGCGAAUAGGAAUGCAUACCGGUCCUUGUGUUGCCGGAGUUGUCGGUUUAAAAAUGCCAAGGUAUUGCCUUUUCGGUGAUACAGUAAAUACGGCGUCAAGGAUGGAGUCUAAUGGGCAACCACUUCGAAUACAUGUUAGUCCCGUAACGAAGAAUGUACUUGAUACAUUUGGAACUUUCAACUUGGAAUGCCGAGGCGAAGUCGAAAUGAAGGGUAAAGGGAAAAUGACAACGUAUUGGCUAUUAGGUGAGCGAAAAAUCCAAAGCAAACAUAUGGACAGGGUAGUUAAAAUACCAAAUUGUGAAAAAUUAACCGCAAGUAUGAAUUCAAAUGUGAAAAAAGGGUCAUAUUCAAAUCUUAAUGGAAAAAGUUUAAAUGCGAGCGGUAUAUGUGAUCAACAAGAAGAUGCUGCUGUACCUCUCCUAUCGAUAACACCAUCAGAGCACUAUACACAAGCGUAAGAAUAAUAGGACCACCAAAACCAUCAAUGUGCAAGUUUCUUCCUGUCUUAUAAUACCUAUAUUUAUUUUGUUUUGAUAAAUCAAUCAACCACAAGCACGUGGCAUGACCAGAGUUAUUGUGGACCACCCCGUAAUAUAAUUUAGAUCUACCCUUCUUAAAUUUAGAAAUAAACUUUUGCACCCUUUAUACUCUAUUUACUGAAAGGUAUUUUUUCUGUACCUGUUUACCAUUGUGAGCUUUAUACCAUUAUUGUUAAAGUAUAUUGUAUAGUUUAUAGUAACAUACACAGGGUUCUCAUAAAUACUUAAUUGCAGGAUGUGAUAGUUACAUUUAGAAGCUUAUUUGUCUAAUAUAAGUUAUGGCUAUCAUAACAAAACCCUGUAGACUUGACUGUUGGCACAAAUAAAGAAAUGUUUACUUACGUACCUACUGUCUGUCCCUAUGUUCAUUACAAGACGAGUAUGCACAAUAUACCCAUAGCAUCCGUUUUCCUUUUUUUAAUUUAAAUUGCUUAUUUAAUUUGUAUGGUGUACUAGUAAUACUUUCGUACAAGUCUGCAAUGCAAUGCAAUAGAUACGAAUUUAUGUGAUAAAUAGUUAAUUUUACAACAGGUUCUUAAAAA